CCCUUGGCGACCUUCUUGGUUCUAAACAACACGAACAACACACGUACAGAGGACCGAGAAAAGUUUGUGACGCGCACGGUGAACUAUGUGCGGUGGCGCCAUCCUCGCGGAGCUGAUCCCGCCGCCGCGGCGCGCGGCGUCGAGGCCGGUGACCGCGGGCCACCUCUGGCCGGCGAGCUCCAAGAAAGGCGGCAGUGGCAGGAACGAGAGGCACAACCACAAGGACGUCGAUGACUUCGAGGCCGCCUUCGAGGAGUUUGACGACGACUACGACGAGGCGGAGGAGGAGGACGACCACUUUGGGUCACGAACCUUCGUGUUCGCGUCCAAGUCCAAGUUCUCCCCAGCCCACGACGGGCGCGCGGCGAGCCAGAAGAAGCGCGCCCGCCACUUCCGCGGCAUUCGGCAGCGCCCGUGGGGCAAGUGGGCGGCGGAGAUCCGCGACCCGCACAAGGGCACCCGCGUCUGGCUCGGCACGUUCAACACCGCCGAGGACGCCGCCCGCGCGUACGACGUCGAGGCCCGCCGCCUCCGCGGUAGCAAGGCCAAGGUCAACUUCCCGGCAGCCAGUGCGCGCCCACGCCGCGCCAACGCAAGAACCGCGCCGAAAUCGCAGCACCCUGCUUUGCGCGGAGAAGAGAAGAACCAGGAAGUACAGCUGGCCGUGAAGCCUGAAACGAUGGCGUCGUUGGACAAGGACGACUUCGUCGACCUGAUCUUCCCCGCCGCGCCGCCGGCCAUGGGGAGCUCUUUCACCAGCAGCGCCGAGUCGGAGUCGGGGAGCCCCGCAAAGAAGCCAAGAUACGACGACCCGUCGGAGGUGAGCGGCGGUAGCGCCACGCUGGAGCUCGCUGGCGAGCUGGAGUUGGACCCGUUCAUGUUGUUUCAGCUAUCCUACUCGGAUGGGUACGAAUCCAUCGACAGCAUGUUCGCCGGCGAGGCCGGCCAGGACGUGGCCAUCGUGAACAAUGACAUGAACGACGUCGGCCUGUGGAGCUUCGAUGAGUUCCCCAUCGACGGUGCUGUCUUUUGAUGCACCCUAUCUGAUGCUUUCAGUUGUUCUGAUUCCUGGUUCAGGAACGGCGUUGGUGUCCAACCGGACGAUGCAUGCAGCCGAGGGCGAUUUGGAGAUUAUAUUGCUUGCUUGCUGAUUGAUGUAACCAUAUUCAUAUGUGAAUAACUGUACUGCUAAUUUGAUGUCCAACUGCUUGAGUUUGCUCGUUAGAAUCGGUAUCUGUACUGCCGGCCUCCUGAUCAAAUUGUACUGCACUUUGAUAAUUUGUACUACUCGCGUGGUGCGUCGUACUGUUGCAUGGUCAAUGCUCCUAUCUCCUAUGAGCUGAUCAUGUCGGCAAUGUCGUCUAUAUUGUGGUUGUGGUUGUUAAUGCCAAAUAAGUUUGUGAACCUGGCUUCUGUCUUGUCUAUGUCUCACCAUAUCAUGUUGAGUUGGAGACUAUGUAAAAAGAUUAUAAUUUUCUGAAUAAAGUCAAAUUUGAUUCA